AAAUGCGAAUUUAUUUUAUUUGUUUGUUUUGUUUUCUGGUCCAGGAGAGAGGGGUUCAUCCACAGGGAGAUGAUCAGGGAGGUCGCAAUGUGAUUGGUCAGAACUCUCUAGCAACCCAUACUCACUUUACUAGGUCCGGGACAAUCAUUGGAACGAUUGAUUAUGAAGAUCCAAACCCAACCCUGACCAGUGGUUCCGCUAACCAGGAUUUUUUCUACAUGUUCAGGGGAAUUCCAUAUGGAACCCCACCAGUAGGAGAGCGUAGAUGGAAAGAUGCUGAACCCAUUCUAACCUGGAACAGGGAACUAGAUGCAACAAGGCCAAGACCUCCCUGCCCGCGCCCUGGUAGCUCUCAGAAUAUAGGCGUGACAGAGGAUUGUCUAUUUUUGAAUGUUUUCACAAAGAAUUUGAACAAAGCCAGAAACACUUUCGAUCAGCCUGUUGGUGGUGUGAGCAGUAUGAGUUCACGAGCUCAACCUGUUGUUCUUCCUCUCAGGCCGGUCAUUGUCUUUCUACCUGGCUUCACUUCAGACGGGGCCGGGUCUUUUGGUGCCAAUAAGCUUAUGAGAGAAAACCUAGUAAUUGUAACUGUUGAAUACAGAGUUGGAGCACUUGGAUUUCUAAGUGAUGGUUAUGACAGUGUUCCUGGAAAUUAUGGUAUAUCAGAUGUAAUCCUGGCCUUACGGUGGGUUCAGCAGGCCAUAUCAGACUUUGGGGGGAACCCGAGACAGGUAACCUUGGCAGGACAUGGACAAGGAGCUGUGAUAGCUCAUCUACUCUCCCUGCAGGCUUCAUCUUCAAGUUUAUUCCACCAGAUUAUCCUACAGAGUGGAUCAUGCUUCUGUCCGGGCUCUAUAUCAAGAUAUGGAGAGAAACCGAUCACCUAUGGUAGUACAGUUGAUGAAGUAAAGAGCGACGAUGAGGAUGAAGUUAUCCAGCCUUACAACAUUUAUAAAAAGAUGCUUUCUCUUACAGGAUGUUCAACACUAAAAUGUUUGAAAGACAAAAGUGUUCAAGAUAUUGUUCGAGCUCAGACUGAAAUAGAGAAAGAAAUGCUGCACACAAGAACUGUUUUUAUCCCUCUUGUUGAUGAAACCUUGAGGUCUUCUCCGCUUGUUUUUACUCCCAGUCGAGGUACCCAUGGUCCUUCAGCUAUUCUUAUCGGGACAACGCUUCAUGAAGGAUAUACAAUUGCUAAAAAAUAUGUUUCUGAUAAGCAGGGGGAUAUCAGCAGCAAAGAAACCAUCCGAACGAAGUUUCUGCCUGAGCUGAUGAGAAAGCUUGUCGGGAGAAGAAGAGGAAUGCAAAAAGAAUUUGUUGAAGUCAUCUUUAGGCAAUACUUCAACGAACUGGUGGACGGACAAACGACUGAAACUAUUGGAAUUAUUGCAAACAUGAUAGGCGAUUUUCUGAUAAAUUCUUGUGUGCGAGAAACUAUAGAUUUUCAUAGAAAGAAGGGUUCUGGUAGUAUACACGCUUACGUCUUCAGUUAUUCUUCUGAUACUGUGAGUAUGAGUGGUAAUCAAGGAUAUUCCUCCUCAAUGUACAGGAUGUAUUCUGAAGCCCCUGAGACUCCAAUACCACGUGGUACAGAUCUUCAUUACCUCUGGACCAUGCAGGCCGAGAAUAUGAGGACUAAUACCCCCACCUUGAAUACGGAAUCAGAUCUAAGUAGGUAUGAUGAAAGGCUGGUUUCCAAGAAUAUGACCAAUAUCUGGGACGAAUUUGCUAAAUCAGGGAUUCCAUCCCCUGUUAAUCACUAUGCCCAGGGUCUACCAUCAAGCUCUGCACUAGAUGCUGUCCCUAUUGUUUGGAGCAGAGUAGAGAAGCAAGGUCAAAUUGGAUAUUACAAUAUAAGCUUGACAAAGGAUGGAAUGUUUUAUGAUUAUAAAAAGUAUGAAUGCACCUUCUGGUUAGCUCAAGCUAGAUACGUAGAGAUUUUAUCCGCUAGAAUAUUCUUGUUUAAAGGGUUCAUGGUUGCUACGAUAGUUUUAUCCCUUCUAUUCCUGGCUUCCCUGGGAGCCAUCUUCUUCUUCGUAUUCCAGAUUCGUAGGAACAAACAGAAGAUGGAGAACGGAAGUCGCGGAUAUUCUGGUUGGUUGGCAAACAUGUCCUCAUCUGCACCAUCUGCCUUAAACCAGUGCUCCUGAUUCAAACAUGUCCUCAUCUAUAAUAAACCAAGGCUCCUGAUUCAAACAUGUUCUCAUCUACAAUAAUCCAGGGCUCCUUAUUCAAACAUGUCAUCAUCUACAAUAAACCAGGGCUCCUUAUUCAAACAUGUCAUUAAAUACGAUAAACCAGGGCUCCUUAUUCAAACAUGUCAUCAUCUACAAUAAACCAGGGCUCCUUAUUCAAACAUGUCAUCAUCUGCACCAUCUGCCUUAAACCAGUGCUCCUGAUUCAAACAUGUCCUCAUCUACCAAAAACCAGGGCUCCUGAUUCAAAUAUGUCCUCAUCUGCCUUAAACCAGUGCUCCUGAACCAACCAUGUCCUCAUCUACCAUAAACCAGGACUCCUGAACCAACCAUGUCCUCAUCUACCAUAAACCAGGACUCCUGAACUAACCAUGACCUCAUUUAUCAUAAACCAGUGCUCCUUAACCAAACAAGGGCUCCUGAACCAAAAAUGUCCUCAUCUACCAUAAACCAGGACUCCUGAACCAACCAUGUCCUCAUCUACCAUAAACCAGGACUCCUGAACCAACCAUGUCCUCAUCUACCAUAAACCAGGACUCCUGAACUAACCAUGACCUCAUCUACCAUAAACCAGGACUCCUGAACCAACCAUGUCCUCAUCUACCAUAAACCAGGACUCCUGAACCAACCAUGACCUCAUCUACCAUAAACCAGGACUCCUGAACCAACCAUGUCCUCAUCUACCAUAAACCAGGACUCCUAAACCAACCAUGACCUCAUAUACCAUAAACCAGUGCUCCUUAACCAAACAAGGGCUCCUGAACCAACCAUGACCUCAUAUACCAUAAACCAGGACUCCUGAACCAACCAUGUCCUCAUCUACCAUAAACCAGGACUCCUGAACAACCAUGACCUCAUAUACCAUAAACCAGUGCUCCUUAACCAAACAAGGGCUCCUGAACCAAACAUGUCCUCAUCUACCAUAAUCCUGCUAGAGUUACAGAACCAAGAACGUCCUGAUGUCAUGUGCCAUAAACCAGAGUUAAAACUAUUGUACAGUUUAUAUUUGUGAAUGUAAAAUUGAUAUUAAUCAAGAAAUAUAACAGAAGCAAUUGUUU